AUGGAUCGAAGGAAAUCUGGCGAAACAAAGGGACACGAUAAGGUAAGGAGGGAAAGGAAAGGCUUCAUUCAAAGGCUGUUGAAUUUCAAUGGCGGGGGCAGGAAUACGGCGGAUGAAGGGAAUCAAUGGAGAUUCGGUAGACGAAAGAGGGAUACUGAAGUUGAUCAAUGGAGAUUCGGUGGCCGAACGACAGGCACUGAGGGAGAAGACGCAAUUCAAUGGAGAUUUGGUCAACGAAAGAGGGACACUGAAGGCGAUCAAUGGAGAUUCGGUGGACGAAAGAAAGACACUGAGGUUGAAGGUGCUGAUCAGUGGAGAUUUGCUGGAAAAAAGCGCGGCGUAUUGG